GAGAGAGAACUGCUUGACUAUCUACAAUGAACAUCGCCCUCUUCACACUCCAACACUUACUCUUUGCUCCUUUGGCAGUGCCCAGGUUAAUGCUUAAUCCAUCGCACACCUAUAAUUUCUAAGGCCAAGCCCUGUUUAUGAGAAAGGGGUUAUGUCGAUGCCUUCAGAUCAGUUGGCCUAGUUUGCAGGUCGACCUGCUCAGAGACUCGUCUCCAGCUGUCAAGCAAAGGAACCUUCAGGACGGGUCAGAAGAAGCUUCCAAAAUGCCACGAAAAUCCAGCUUGUCCAUGGGCUUCGCCAUCGCCUUAGCCAUCCUGACGAUUUCUGCCAUCGGUGGGAUGAUCUCUAUGAUAAUCGUUUUUGAACUUGAGACUUCUCAAAUAAACAUGACAGAGCAUCCACCAACAGUACCAUCUACAAUGGCACCGCUGCCGACGAGUUGGCGUCUACCAAGGAACCUGAUUCCUGAAAGGUACGAGAUCACCAUCCAGGUUGACCUCUACACCAGAAUCGUGGAAGAGGUGAACGUAAUGACCCCAAACCAGACGCUGCUCUUCCGUGGAAACUCCACUGUGCACUUCAAGUGUCAACAAAAUACAUCAUCGGUCAUCCUCCACAGCCUUGGACUAAAUGUUUCCUCUCCUUGUGUAUUUAACAAAGACACAAAUGCGUCGAUCGUGGCGAACAUCACCAACAACGAGAAAGAUGGUUUGGACUUCUUGGAGAUUAAAACGGAAGAAUUAUUUAUUACUGAUGGGAACUACAGUUUAUCCCUGGAAUUUGAGGGAGAAUUAUCUGAAUAUCUUGAUGCAUUUUUUGUAAGCAGAUAUGCUGAAUUUAAUACCAAGGCUGAAAAUGUAACCAUAGAGGAAAGGAAUGCACCUCGACUUAUUGAGAGAGUGACCCGCAGGUUCUCCACACAGUUUGAGCUGCAGCAGCUGGAAAGAUUCAAGGAAGUGGGAGGCUACGACAGACACAUUGAUCAGGCCAUCGAGCAAACCAAAGUCAACAUCCAAUGGGUGAAGGAGAACAAAAACAUCAUCCUGGAGUGGUUCGAGAAAGAAACAGCCCAUCUUGAAUAAACAAAGAUUUCCAUGUUUUGUAGCCGAUGGGAUCAGCGGCGCAGCCGGUUUUCAGGCAACUUUAAAGUGAAGGAAACUACAGAUCAAGUUUAAGGAUUCAAAAAUUCAACAGGUGAUAGUUAAUCAAAUGAAAGCCGCAUCCAUGUAGGACAGUCAGUGAGAGGCAUGCCGUUGUUUGUGUAAAUAGUAAUGAAUGUUAUUUAUUGUGUAUUCAAUGAAAACAGUAAAAAUAUAAAUAUGUAUCGCUUCU